UUUGGCUCAGUUCCACGUUCGGAUGCGUUUGGCGCUCGUUUGGCCCUUCGCAGCUGCGCACUGGUGUCAUUCACCCAGCUGCGACACCUGCUGCGCAGCGGCAGACACCAAUCGGACAUUGUGUCAGGACUGUGGGCGAUGCAGCUGCUUCCCCCCUUUGUAUGUGGAGUACCGCGCUUGGGCGGCCGCGAAGCUCAGGAAGCAGUGCUUCCGAUUCUCCGGCUCGCGCUCCGCUCCGGCCGUGUGGUAUGGCAAGGGGACCGCCAUCUGCCUAACGGGCCGCCUCGGCGCGCCAAAUGCGUCCGCCGCGUUUCGGCGGCACGUCCUGGAGGAGCUGCAGGGGGACCUAUUUCUGGUGGCCGCUGAGGAGGAGGCCCUGGGCGAAUUUCAGCCCAAGCGCGCGGAAGUGGUGACCAAUGAUGAAGCGGCUAGCUACCUGGAACGCUUUUCGGGCUGGAGGGAGGUGCUGGACAUCCCUGGCAAUUUCAUUGGAGGUGUCGUAUUUGAUGGGACUGGCUGGUUUCAAGUGCUGAGCCUUCGCCUUUGCCGUGAGUUGAUUGAAGCAGAAGAGCGGGAGAGAGGACACAGAUACCUGCAUGUUGUCAUCUCCAGGAUGGACAACAUGUGGCUUGAGUCCCACCCCCCACUGCAGCGAAACGCCGGGUGCUGGAUCCCUUGGUACCGGGGCGACAACGACUGGGGGGGGCUCAACGAUCACCAUGCUUGGUGUGAUCGCCGAAGUGCGGAGGCUUAUCUGACUGGCCGCUAUGACUCGGUGGUCUUUCCAGAGAAGCGCAAAGAUUUGCUGGAAUGGUUUGGCGCCUGUGGCAGGCACAACUUCCCCCAGUCGCUGAACGUGGAGAAUCACAUCGGUUACGUGCUGGCCACAGCAGAGGUUCCAGUUUAUCGCGUUCAUCAAGGCCCAUUUCGCAGCUGUGCUCGCCAGAACUUGGACCCUGGCAAAGGCUGCAGGUUCGAGGAGGAGCUGGGCAUGUUUGGGAAGUCCAGCGGCUGGCAGUUCUUCGAUUCCCUGGAGCGGUACAGGCAAGCUGGAGCGGUACAGGCUCCAAAACAGCUGCCGCAUGCAGUGACCCCUGAGGGUUUGCAACUUGAACAUCACGCCGCGCUGGCUCAGUUUCCCGUUCAGAUGCGGCCUGUUUCGGAAGACUAUGUCUUUGAUUGGACCGGCUUGCGAUUUCCGACAGGGCUGUGCAGAAGAUUGGCGCCCCAGUGGUUCUGCCGCUUGCAGGAGGCAUACCUUCGCUCAGGGCUGCAAUUGGCCUACCCGCCUCUCCCAUUGGUCGACGAUGACUACCCCCUGACUGUGGCAAUUUGUCAGGCCAUUCUGCAGGCCAAGGACGGGUUUGCAGUGGCGACCUUUGGCGCGGCUUCCUGGGCCGCGCGCGCAGGCAUGCUGGCGAAGGCCAAGGGCCUGUCUGUGGCUUUGACGGUCACGGAGUCGGAGCCGGACUGCGUGCAGUGGCUCCGAAUCUUCUCGGAGAACUUGCUACAGCACCACCUCCGCUGCGAGGGCACCGGGCCCAUGGCACCCGUCGGGCCCUGGCCCACUUUCAACGUGGUCAUUGCCGACCAGCCGAUCGGCCCGCUGCGGCCUAUGCUUCUGGUGCUGCGGGGUCCCGGCCUGCGAGACCGGGAGGCCUUUGCCGGCUGGUUCCUCAUUCACGAGACCGACCGCGAAGUGAUCCUGGGUCAUCCGGAGCUUUGGGAUGCGCAAGAGUCCGUCCCAAAUGACCCACACUCGCAGUAUCAGCUGAGUGCGGAGACACUGCUGGCAGCCAGGGACGCUGGCGAGGCGCUGGGCGGCCAGUAUGUAGGUGGCAAGCUGCCCAGCGGACGAAAGGUGGCUGUGAAGGUCUUCAAGAACGUUUCGAGUGCUGAUGCCGCGGCUUUCAAAGAAAGAGCCGCAACCUUGUGCGGCUUGGACCUGCACUUGCACUUGCUGCUGCCUAUGGGCUGGAGCUGCUCCGACUCGCAAUGCUUCGUCGUGUAUGACAUGCUGGACCCUGUCAAUGCGGAGCAGAGGCUGGCCGCUUCCCGCAAGGGUGGCAAGCCCUUUCUUUGGGCUGAUCGGCUGAGACUAGCGGCAGCGGUGGCCAGCGCCGCCAGCCAUCUGCGCAGCUCCAUGCUGGGCAGCCCGCAUUUGAACCUGAAGCUUUCCAGCGUGGUCUUCGACAGGACUGGUCAAGUGAAGCUCGCUGAUCUCGGAUUUGAAGGCGAUCUCGGCUCUGGGUCAAAGGCUGCGGAGGCGAAGGGAAAGGGCCUGGCCGAGCAGCAGGUGGCGGAGAUCUGGGACCUGGCAGCUCUGCUGCUGGAGCUGCUGCUGCCCAGCAGCGCCAGCGCCCAGAAGGCCCACGCUGGCGCCAAGGCCGAGCAGUUGGACGCUCUGCGCAAGGGCGCUGGCCAUGAGGCUGCUGACAGGCUCCAGCAGCUGCUGGGGCCUCUGGACAGCAGCGCUGCCUGGCCCCCACUCUUUGCACAGCUCCUGGCGGACCUCGCGCUGCGCUGCGCCAUGUCCAAGGUGGCCGGCUCCAGGCCGCCGCCGGGGAUGGCCAUGGUCGCUCAGGAGCUGCUGAUGCAGUGCCACCGCUCCCGGCGCUCUGAGACCCAGGCCGAAGUAGAGGCGUCCUUCGAGUGCAUCUUUUCCUCGGAGCUGGAGGCAUCGGCGCUGCCGCGGGAGCAGCGGCGCUGGCGCCUUCAGGGGCAGCCGCCUUGGCUGGUCGGCCGCCAGCACCAGGUGGAGCUGUUCGUGCGGAUGGUGCCAGACCGACGGCUUUGCUCCAGCAUCAGCAAGACGCACUUCGAGCUUUGGCCGGAAGAUUCCAGCUGGUUUUGGGGCCAGCGGCCGUGCUUGCGCCUGGUGCCCCAUUCCCAGAACCCCAUCCUGGUGGACGGGAAGUCUGUGGCUGCAGGCGCCGACGAGUCGGCCGACGCAACGAUUUCGGAGGGCUCCAAGGUGAGCUUUUGCUUUCAAGAGGAGGUGCAGGACUCAGUUUUUCUGACGCUGCAGUUCCACCUCGGCUCAAAGCCAGCCGUGCAGGGGAAGCCAGAAAAGCCGCCAGCAGAGACUCGGGAAGGAUCGGGUGCAAGCUAUGCCUUGGUCUGUGAUCGAUUGGUGGGAGAGAGCGUCGAACACCUUCCAAAGGAGGAUCGGAGGCUGCGCUUAUCUGCAGAAGGUGUGACGCUGGUGGGCCGAGCCAGCCAGCCAGGAUUCUUCGACCAGCUCCAGCGAGCCACGGAGCGGUUGUUUUUGCCCUACAUCUCAAGGAAGCACCUCCAGAUCACGGCCCUUGAUGAGAGCCCGCCAUCCAAGCAGCGCUUCGAGAUCUCCAGCUGCAGCAGCAACCCUGUGCGUAUCGCGGGGCAGGAGGUCAGCGAAGGGGGCAAGAAGGUUGCGCAGGUGGGCGAUGCCAUCGAGCUGAUCGGCGAGGACGGGCAUGGCGGUCUGGCCCCAUACCUCGUCUUCCGCCUGGUGUGGAUGGGCUCAGGGAAAUCAACGUCCUCCCUGGCGAGCCAUGCCACAACGCCGGGCACGGUUCUCCUUGAUCGCUCCAAGGACUUUCCGGAGUCGGAGGGUCAACGUAGCCGACCGCCCUUCCAGCUGGUCUUGUCGGGCUCCGUGGUGGCUCGCUCCUUCCCCGAAGCCUCCCGCGUCGUCAGUGGCCAAGCCAGCGGCCUCACGGUGGGCCGCGCCCAUCAGCGAGAGCUUCAUGAAAAAGCGUUCGUCGAUGGGGUUUUGGCGUACAUCAGCCGCGAUCACUUCUCCAUCAAGGCUGGCAAAGACGGCACCUUCUCGGUGGUGGCGCUCAGUCAGAACCCCAUGUGGCACUCCAGAAAUGGCAGGCCUGAGCAGCCUGGACAGCUGCCAGUCCGACUGCAGGAUGGCGACCAAGUGCUUCUCUACACAGGAGCCGAUGAUAGCUCUCCAGAAGGCCCCGGGAGCCUGGGAACUCUGCGAUGGGUUUUCCAGGCUCGGUGAGGGGCCUUUCUGCCGGGCUUCGCGCACAGCGCGGCUGCGCUCACGUGGAGUGAUGGAAAGUGCGUUGCGAUGCUGCCCACGGCUUCGUCCGGUGUGGGGC